UAACUGGGUGUCUGGCAGAGCCUUUGGAGAGAGAGCACGGGUAGAAAUACGGAGCCCCUCGCCGGCCUCUGAGCUCCCAUAAAAGCUGAUCUUGAGCGAUCCCACUAGACACAGGGAGAGGGGCGUCAUCGGAAACCUCCUUGCCUCCGUACUCCCCUCCCCAUUCUUUUCCCAGGCCAUGGGAGGCAAAGGGUUAAAUCCCAUAGAGCUGAUGUUCUGACUCCAGGCUAGAGGGGCCCGGGAAGCUGGGGUCACUUCCUGCUCCGUCCCAGUCACCCUGAACUGGUCCCCGGGUCCUCAGCCUGGAAUCACCCCCUAGAGAAGGACCCUAGAGUUCUCGGCAUCCAGCCCGUCCCCCGAGGCAGGCACUUAAGGGGUUAAGUCCCCUGGGGCUGGACUCUUGUCUUCCGGCUUUUCCCAGACCCCAGAGCCAGUACCUGGAACCUUCACAGUCGGCAGCUGUGGGAUGGAACCUGAGACAGUGCUGUGGGGCCCAGAUCUGCAGGGUCCUGAAGAGAGCCGGAACAAUGCUCACAGAGGUGCUGAAAGUGGGAAUGAAGAGGAGAGCCCUCAGCAGGAAAGUUCUGGGGAGGAGAUCAUCUUGGGAGAUCCAGCUCAGAGUCCAGAAUCUAAGGACCCACCAGAGAUGUCCCUGGAGAGCCCCUCCCAGGAUUCCCCAGCCCCACUGGGUUCUUCCAACCCCUUAGACCACCAGACCCCUAUGGACCCAUCAGCCCCUGAGAUAGUCCCUUCCCCAUCUGAGUGGACCAAGGCUUGUGAGACCAAUUGGCAGUGGGGAACCCUCACCACCUGGAACAGCGCCCCAGUAGUCACUGCCAGUGAACCCAGCCUACGGGAGCUGGUGCAGGGCCGCCCUUCUGGGGCUGAGAAGCCAUACAUCUGCAACGAGUGUGGCAAAAGCUUUAGCCAGUGGUCCAAACUGCUACGGCACCAGCGCAUCCAUACGGGUGAACGGCCCAACACAUGCUCAGAGUGUGGCAAGAGCUUCACCCAGAGCUCACACCUGGUGCAGCACCAGCGCACACACACGGGUGAGAAGCCCUACAAGUGCCCCGACUGCGGCAAGUGCUUCAGCUGGAGCUCCAACCUGGUGCAGCACCAGCGCACGCACACGGGCGAGAAGCCCUACAAGUGCACUGAGUGUGAGAAAGCCUUCACACAAAGCACCAACCUCAUCAAGCACCAGCGGUCCCAUACUGGGGAGAAGCCCUACAAGUGUGGUGAAUGCCGGCGUGCUUUCUACCGUAGCUCGGACCUCAUCCAGCAUCAGGCCACACACACAGGUGAAAAGCCCUACAAGUGCCCAGAGUGUGGCAAGCGCUUUGGUCAGAACCACAACCUGCUCAAGCACCAGAAGAUCCACGCAGGGGAAAAGCCAUAUCGCUGCACGGAGUGUGGCAAGAGCUUCAUCCAGAGCUCAGAGCUGACACAGCACCAGCGCACUCACACUGGGGAGAAGCCCUAUGAGUGCCUGGAGUGUGGCAAGAGCUUUGGCCACAGCUCCACGCUCAUCAAGCACCAGCGAACACACCUACGAGAGGACCCCUUCAAGUGCCCUGUCUGUGGCAAGACCUUUACGCUGAGCGCCACGCUGUUGCGCCAUCAGCGCACACACACAGGUGAGCGGCCCUACAAGUGCCCCGAAUGUGGCAAGAGCUUCAGCGUCAGCUCCAACCUCAUCAACCACCAGCGCAUCCAUCGCGGGGAGCGGCCGUACAUCUGCGCAGAUUGCGGCAAAAGCUUCAUCAUGAGCUCCACGCUCAUCCGCCACCAGCGGAUUCACACAGGCGAGAAGCCCUAUAAGUGCUCUGACUGUGGUAAGAGCUUCAUUCGCAGCUCGCACCUAAUCCAGCACCGCCGCACGCACACGGGCGAGAAACCCUACAAGUGUCCUGAGUGCGGCAAGAGCUUUAGCCAGAGCUCCAACCUCAUCACGCAUGUCCGCACACACAUGGACGAGAACCUCUUUGUGUGCUCGGAUUGUGGCAAGGCCUUCCUGGAGGCUCAGGAGCUGGAGCAGCACCGUGUGAUCCAUGAGAGAGGCAAGACACCUGCCCGGAGAGCUCAGAAUGACAGUUUGCUAGGGCUCGGGGAUCCUGCGCUGCUGACCCCGCCACCAGGAGCCAAACCCCACAAGUGUCUGGUCUGUGGAAAGGGCUUCAAUGAUGAGGGCAUCUUCAUGCAGCACCAGCGGGUUCAUAUUGGAGAAAACCCCUACAAAAAUGCAGAUGGUCUCAUAGCACACUCGGCCCCCAAGCCUCCGCAGUUCCGUUCCCCUAGGUUCCCCUUCGCAGGCAAUUCACACCCAGGUGCUUCUGAAGGCAGAGCUGAUCCCCCAGGACAGUCUUUGAAAGUGCCUGAGGGUCAGGAGGGCUUCAGCCAAAGGCUAGGUCAACUCUCCUCAAAGUGCUAUGUUUGUUCCCACUGUGGCGAAAGCUUCCUCGACAGGGCUGUGCUCCUGCAACAUCAGCUCACCCACGGCAAUGAAAAGCCCUUUCUCUUUCCCGAGUGUAGGACUGGCCUUGGGGAAGGGGCAGAGCCCAGUCCCUUCCUAAGUGGAAAGCCCUUUAAAUGCCCGGAAUGCAAAAAAAGCUUUGGCCUGAGCUCUGAGCUGCUUCAGCACCAGAAAGUCCAUGCAGGUGGGAAGUCCCAGAAGGGCUCGGAGCUGGGGAAGAGCUCCUCAGUGCUGUUGGAACAUCUCAGGAGCCCUUUGGGGGCCAGACCCUAUAGCUGCUCUGAUUGUGGGGCCUCCUUCCUCGAUCGACUAGCUCUCACCCGCCACCAGGGAACCCAUACUCAAGAAAGGGCCCCCACUCUUGAAGACCCCCCUUCAGAAUCAGCCGCCUUGUCCACAAACCAGGAAGAUGAGGGAGAGGCCCCAACCCCCCCAACGAGCAGCAGCCAUAGGGAAGAGGAAAGUCCUAAAACUCUCUCACAGAAAAAGCCCUAUGUGUGUCCUGAAUGUGGAGAUGGCUUCACAGAAGUUGCAACACUCCUCCUCCACAGGAGCUGUCACCCAGGCGUCUCCCUGUGAAGUAGAUCUGAAGGCCAGGGACCUCUCUUCUGAGAAUGUGGGGAAAGCAGGACAACCCCAUCAGAUCAGAGAGAAGUGGAGGGUCAAGAACCCUGGGAAGAGAUAGUGCAUUUGCAUCAGUGAUAAGAAGCCUGUGAGAUUAUGGGUGGGAACCCCUUAUAAGCCGUAGAGAAAAACUGCUGGGUUAGAAGCCCUAUAAAUAUGUAGGAAAAAAAAGCCCUUUAAGUCUGUAGCAGAGAAAUCCUAUAAACCAUAGUGGGUAAAAGCCCUAUUAAUUGUAGGAAGAGGUUCUAACAUGUCUCUAGACAAACCCAUAAAACUGUAUCAAAGUCCUUAUCAGAAUCCUGUAGCAGGGUGGAGGUCUAGGGAAUACAGUCAGCACUGACUAGUAAGGUGCCCUGGAUGGUGGAGGAACACCUGAACUCUUCCUAGGACACUCUCCUGGCAGCCCUGGGCAGAGGAAAGUGAUCAUCGAGGAAGUUGUGUAAGAACGCAGUAGAGCUAGAAAAAGAAGAGGGAUGGGGAGGGAAUGACUAGGAGCUUCCAGACCCACAGGUGAGACAAGACAUUGGUUACAUUGGGGGUUCUUUAGUGAAUUGUAUGUACGAGGGGAAGAAAGACUUGGGGGUCCCUUAUCAAUAACAGCCCCCAAAUGCAAAAGAAACAAGGGGUGUGAGGUAUAUAACAAAUCUCAGUGUAAGAAUAUUGAGAGCUCACCUCAGCUAUUAGGGGAAACUUUGUUUGUCUGAAGGGAAGCAAAGCACAGUGGAGAAACUGCAGAUGGAAGCUAGCCAGUUCCUCCUCCUCCUCCUGGGAGCUUGUUAAACUUCAAGUGCAAGCAGGUCCCAGUUCAGGCUAUCAGGUUCUCCUCAGACAGGCAGGACCAGCCUUUCCCCAGCCUAGCUGGAGAUGUCUACUCUGAGAGGCCUCUGGGGUUUCAAGGGGCCUCUGCCACAUUCUCAGGUCUCACAGGUUUUACCUGAAAGCUAACUGCCACAAAUCUUACUGCAGUGGCAACCCAUUUCCUCAAAUUCUGUCCUCAGUGGAGAGCCACUCGCUGCUAGUCAACUUCCAAAGAAUAAAUUCCUUCAGAGAUUCAAGGCUUGUAUGUACUUGUCGUCCCUAGAGUUCUACAAGCUCGUGAGAGCCGCUUAUGGGUUCUCUGUGGUGAUGAGGGAUGGCAGGGCAACAGCAACACCAUGUAAACCUCAGCCUUUUGUGUGAACUCUAUGCGAGGCUGCCUGCAGGAUGAGCCAGGCUGCACGUGGUGGAUGUCCCUGACAUGGCACAGACUGGACCAGAGUCCUUGAAGAGGCAAUGGAAACUUGACCACCUUCAUCCCCAGUACUUGGAUGCCCUUGAGACAGGGCGGCCAAAUUUGAUCAUGGCUCGGGAAAGGGAGAGAUUCCACCUGAUCCUUUUGGCCUUUCUCUUCUUAGCCAGGAGCCACUGGAUGAAAAUGAAAGGUUGAGAAAUGCCUACCAGGUCCAUCUCCUCCUCAGACACCAUAGGCUAGACAUGUCAUUAAUCCAGCCAAACCUGCUCACAUGACUGGAACUCUGAGAUGGAGCAGAGACAGUUGCCCUAAAAGUGGUGAAGAAAAACUUGGGCAAAAACAUCCACAACGAAGACCCUAAAGAUGGGAAGGACUGCCCCCCCUGUAUUUGGAUUGCAAAGGGAGUGUCCUUAGCCCAGUGCUGGCAUUAGUGACAUACUAUCCAGACUAGGAGGACUGAGACACCAAGUGAUAUGGCUCUUUACGAAUCCCGUGCCCAGAAGAGUGACCUGGAUCCCUACAAAGCUGUGGAAGGGACCUCUAGUCCCAUUACCUAAAACUUCAAAAGGUAGAGACCCAUCAUCUCUCCUGACCCUAAAUGGAUGACCCUCAAAAUUUAAAGGACCAAAAUCUAGAAUACUGGGAGAAAAAUGCCAGUCCUCCUGGGAAGGGAGAAAAGGCAGGCCUUCUACAAUUACAGAGAGCCUUGCUAGAGUCCCAAGUACCAUGUAGGGGAGCUCCGUGGGGAUGGGAGGAGUCUGUAUAUUGACAGAAAUGCUGGUAAAGGGGAUACCCCUAUAAAAUGGAGUAGGUACUCUCCUAAGUACAAGCUGAUCUGUCCCCUUCUAAGGUGGUAGCAGUAACUAGAGGGAAAUCCUGUGUAAAACUAAGCAGAUUCCCUCAGACCCAGGUUUGAGUUUGAAAGUCUGUCUUCAGAUUUCUGGGGCAGGCAAUCUGUGUAGUCAUGGCCGACUGUACAACUAAGAUGUAGUGGAUGUGAUAGGUGCUCACAUGUUCUGGAGACACGUGACCCCAGUACUGAAUGGACCAUGUGGAUAGGUGGUGGACUGGGCUUCCUGGUAGGAAAAGGCAGAGCAGAGGCCUUGAGAUGAGACCUGUUCUCUUGGCCACCUCUCUCUCAGACCCAGCUACCUCACUGAGAGAAUCUGUUGCAGGGCCCAGUCCUAAUUGGCUCAAGAAAAGGUCCCACAGAAUAAAGUCUGGAAGGCAUAAUGGAGCCAAUUCCAUGCUGGUCCAGAGCCCUCAGAAGUGCCCCUGGGGAAGAGCCCAGAAAGCGUGGCAUGAGUGAGGGGCACAAGCGUACAAGAGGGCAGAGCUGAUCUGCAUUCAGGGGAAACUUACAGCUCGUAUUGAGCAUGGAGGUCAAAUAGGACUUAUAAAGGAACUGGGUGUGAACCAUGAUUUGGGGAGAGGACUUGAAACCCACCAUCAUUACCCCCAGUCUGAAGUGGCUCCCAGAAUCCUUUGCCUCUGCAAAGGAAGCCCCGCUCCCCUGACUUCUCCCUAGCCAGGGAGUGAAGGGAAGCCAGCCCUAUUUUUGAGUGUCUUGUGUCAGUAACAGUGUUGUGUCACCAGUGGCCAUGUUGAAUAGUUGAGAAUAAAGGGAGUAAGAUUU